CAAAGAAAUUAAACACAACACACACCUUUCCUUUCUCGAUCUUUUUCCUUUUUCCUUGGUAGGGCGCAUACCACCACACGCCCACUAAAAACACAAACCAAGAGAUAAAAAAAAUGAACCCUGAUCAGUUUCAGAAGAAUAGCAUGUACAUAGAAAACCCUGAAGCAUUUAGCGAAGGUGGCAAAAACUUUGACGAUGAUGGACGAAUCAAAAGAACCGGUACAUGGGUGACUGCGAGUGCUCAUAUCAUAACGGCAGUGAUAGGGUCUGGAGUGUUGUCACUUGCAUGGGCAAUUGCACAAAUGGGUUGGGUGGCUGGUCCUGCGGUUCUUAUUGCCUUCUCUUUUAUUACAUACUUCACUUCCACUCUUCUUGCAGACUGUUAUCGUUCACCUGACCCUGUUCAUGGCAAACGAAACUACACCUAUUCCGAUGUUGUCAGAUCUGUCUUAGGAGGAAGGAAAUUUCAGCUGUGUGGAUUAGCUCAGUAUAUAAAUCUAGUCGGUGUAACUAUCGGUUACACAAUAACAGCUUCAAUUAGUAUGGUGGCGGUGAAGAGGUCGAAUUGUUUUCACAAACAUGGCCAUCAUGUUAAGUGCUAUACGUCAAAUAACCCUUUCAUGAUCCUCUUUGCCUGCAUCCAAAUUGUGCUUAGCCAGAUACCAAACUUUCAUAAGCUCUCGUGGCUCUCCAUUGUUGCAGCCGUUAUGUCUUUUGCUUAUUCUUCCAUUGGUCUCGGCCUCUCCAUAGCUAAAGUAGCAGGUGGGAACGGAGAACAUGUAAGGACAUCCUUAACGGGGGUGCAAGUUGGGGUAGACGUCACAGGAACUGAGAAGGUCUGGAGGAUGUUUCAAGCUAUUGGUGACAUUGCCUUCGCUUACGCUUAUUCUAAUGUGCUCAUCGAGAUACAGGAUACCCUAAAAUCGAGUCCUCCAGAGAACAAGGUCAUGAAAAGAGCAAGUUUGAUUGGCAUCUUGACUACAACCAUGUUUUAUGUGCUAUGUGGCUGCGUAGGUUAUGCAGCAUUUGGAAAUGAUGCACCAGGAAAUUUCCUCACAGGGUUCGGCUUCUAUGAGCCUUUUUGGCUAAUAGACUUUGCCAACGUCUGUAUAGCUGUGCACUUAAUUGGCGCAUACCAGGUCUUCUGCCAACCUAUAUUUGCGUUUGUAGAGAACUGCAGCAAGGAAAGAUGGUCCAACAGCCAAUUUGUAAAUGGAGACCAUGCUGUGAACUUUCCACUAUGUGGAACCUACCAUGUUAACUUCUUCAGGGUAAUCUGGAGAACAACAUAUGUCAUCAUCACAGCUGUGAUAGCUAUGAUGUUUCCAUUCUUCAAUGACUUCUUGGGCCUAAUUGGUUCCCUGUCCUUUUGGCCAUUAACAGUUUACUUCCCCAUUGAAAUGUACAUAAAGCAGUCAAAGAUGCAAAGACUUUCCUUCACGUGGACAUGGCUCAAGAUAUUGAGCUGGGCCUGCUUAAUUGUUUCUAUUAUCUCUGCUGCUGGCUCCAUCCAAGGCCUCGCUCAAGAUCUCAAGAAAUACCAGCCCUUCAAACCCCAGCAAUAAUUGAUUUCUAAGUCACUUUUCUUUGUUUUACUUAGUUUCACCAAAUCCAUGGAUAAUGUCUUGUUAUCAAGUGCUUAUGAAAGAACGAAUAUAGCACACAGCUGCAGUGUACACAUGUCAUGAAUAAUCCCAAGAUGAAUGAAGCUGAGCACUAUCAUUUAAUAUAGCCAUCUAUGGUACAUGUACAAUAUAUACCCACUCGAUUCAGUGAAGCAUGCAUUAAAGCUUCUAUCUGCAUCAAACGCAUUUUAAAUAGCACAGUGAAAAUUCUGGACAGUAACGAGAUUCAAAUUCACUAAAUGAUCAUGAAAUCCUGUUAGGGAACAAGCAUAAUGAAGUUACAAUCAACAACUAUCUCUAACCGUGAUUCAUAAGUCAGUGGAAAACAAUCUAACCUUCGGAUGCCAAGACCAAUCCAUGUAGAACUAUCCAUUUAAAACAGAACACAGAGACUGGCGUCUAACAAACUCCCUUUCUUGACAGUCAUACAUUUAUUCUCUUUCAAUAAAGUCCAAUACAAACGUCCCUUAACUGUUCUGCAUAUUUAUUUCCAACAAGAUUAUAAAUAGAGGAAUUAAAAAAAUCAAUUUUUAACAGGCUGCCUUCAGUUUUACUCAGUAUUUUACGAUCGUGGAAGUAGUUUAAUGUGCUAAGUACAGCAGAGCAAAUGUUCUUUACGUUAUCUUCUUUCUUUCUAGAGUAGAGUAAGUGCUCUUCACAUUAUCUUCUUUCUUUCUUUCGCCAAUGUUUUUUUCUACGAUAGGGCCACAUUGAAAAGCACAAAUGCGUGGAAAAAUUGGAUAAUUAAUAUUCUUACAUGUUCAGGAUAAAGAAGGCGUAAAGCAUGCACCAAAAGUGCUUGAGUUAAAGAUAACAAGAGAUGCUGAAACCCUUGACUGUUUUAUAUUCUACAAGCCUCAAAACACAGCUCAAUCACUUGACCUAGUUUUUAUGUAAGAUUUUAAAAGGGCAUACAUCUAGGACAUAAUGAAAAUCUAUCAAACAUAGGAUGUAACUUCAAGUUUUGAAAAGUCAAAGCAAAUGCACAUAAAAAGCAAAGCUUGGGCAUAGUCAUAUUUCUAUAUAUUUUACUUUACAAUUUAUACCACAUGCCUAUUAAAAAUUGCAACAUAAAUAAGAUUAAGCAGAAAACUGAGCUCAACUACAACUUCUAGACAAAAGAAACAAAUGUAUUAGUGUGUUAC